AUGCAGAGCAUGGAUAAGCUUCUCGACCUCUCACCAUCAACGCUAGGGAAGAAAGACGAUAUUAUUGGCAUUGAUGCUCGUAAGAUAGAAGCUCGAGAUGGCAACUUUUGUGAUGAAGUUAUAUCUAAUGCCGAUAUCACAACUGGAAGGGAAUUAAGAUUACCAAGAAGAGAGAAGGACAAGCAAGAUCUCCAAAAAGUUCUUCAGGCACUAUUUAGUGCACCUGAAAGAAUUGAAGGGAAGCCAGAGAGAAUUCAACCAAUCAGAGGAGACAGGCAAAGGACAACUUAUGGACGGUUUGUGGCGAAACCACUAAAAGAGACAAGUUUAGAAAAUAUUACCUUUAUUACAAGACGACAAGUUAGCGAAAGGAGUGAGUACUCUGCCUCUUAA